UAUAAAAGUGUGACUCUAACCUAUUAUAUUUGUGCUACGUAAAAGUAUCUUUUAUGUUUAUAGUACAAUGUUGUUUCGAUCAUAUCAGUGGAAAAUGAACUACCAAUUUAAACAAUUUGCUCGUAAUUUUGGAAUCGUAAAGCAUCACCCAAUUUGUGGAUUUGAACAUGCUGUUCCUAAAUUACCGGUCGUACAGUUUGUUAGGUUUAAAUCUAGUACUCCUAUGAACACUAUUAUAUUAUUUGUUCCACAGCAAGAGGCAUGGAUUGUCGAAAGAAUGGGGAAGUUUCAUAGAAUCUUAAAUCCAGGAUUAAACAUUCUUACACCAAUAAUUGAUAGAAUUAAGUAUGUUCAAUGCCUUAAAGAAAUAGCUAUAGAAAUACCUCAACAAAGUGCUGUCACUUUAGAUAAUGUAACAAUAAAUAUUGAUGGUGUAUUAUACUUAAGAAUAAUUAAUCCAUUUUUGACUUCAUAUGGUGUUGAUGAUCCUGAAUUUGCUGUAGUUCAGUUAGCUCAAACUACAAUGAGAUCUGAAUUAGGAAAAAUAUCUUUGGAUAAAGUAUUUAGGGAAAGAGAAGGGCUUAAUGUUUCCAUCGUGGAUAGUAUAAAUAAAGCAAGUGAAGCUUGGGGAAUAACUUGUCUGCGAUAUGAAAUACGUGAUAUAAGAUUACCACAAAGAGUACAGGAAGCAAUGCAAAUGCAAGUGGAAGCAGAGCGCAAGAAGAGAGCUGCAGUUUUAGAAUCAGAAGGAAAUAGAGAAGCAGCAAUAAAUAUCGCCGAAGGAAAACGUUUAGCACAGAUUCUAGCAUCAGAGGCUGCACAACGAGAAGAGAUAAAUAAGGCAACUGGUACAGCAGCUGCUAUAGUGGCUGUUGCAGAAGCACGUGCAAAGAGUUUAAAACUUGUGGCAGGUGCACUAAGUUUAACAGAUGCAAAAAAUGCAGCAGCAUAUAACAUAGCAGAACAAUAUGUUAAAGCAUUUAACAAAUUGGCAAAAGUCAAUAAUACCUUAAUUUUGCCUAGUGACGUUUCGAAUGUGUCUUCAUUAGUAACACAAGCAAUGACAAUUUAUAAACAGCUUAUGUCUCAACCCAUAUUAGAUAAUAAAGGUGGGAAAGAAAACAGAGAUGCUCUUGAGGCUAAUGAAUCAGAUGAGAUUUUUGAAUAUUUCAGUGAUAAGGAAGAGGCUGAGAAGCAUCAAAAACACAAAAGAAAAUAA